UGUAUAUAUAAUUCAUAUUUAGAUCUUUUUCAACGAGGAGCUUUGAUGAUGUGCAUUUUUUAGAAGUACCGACUCAUUGGAGAAUCGUUUUAUAAGCUGAAAAUUCAUUUGGAUGUGUCAUGUUUCCUUGUAUUUGUGAAUGAAUCUCCCUCCCUGUUUCACUGUAUCUGAUUGGUUUCUUGCAUGUUCGAGGAUAAGCACUGUUAUAAGGGUGCCUUUGCUUGUUGUGAUCAAUUUCCAUUUGCUACUGCAUGUUCUCCUUAUGUGAACAGUGCCUGCAUUACCCUGAAAAGUGAAGGUUCCUGUAAACAUAUGACCAUUGCCUAAGGUAAGAUUAAAUCAUUUAUAAUUAGUGACCUUCUAUUGUAAUCCGUAAGUAUCAUUCAAGACUACAUUCAAUGAGUUUUUAAUGGAUUUUUGUUUUUUUCCCUGCAAUGCUUUUCUUUCUGUUACGGAUGUUCAUUGUCAAUAGUUAAUAAUUUCUUAUUCCUGUUGCAGGUACCUUUAGCUGUCUUUCUUUUCAGCGCGUUUUCAAAUUUCCUUAAACAAGAUCACUUUCUAACACAUAAGAUGAGCAACCUUAAGCUAGGGGUUGAUGUGGUCAGUGCCCACAAUCUUUUGCCUAAAGAUCCGCAAGGUUCAUCCAGUGCCUUUGUGGAGCUCUGCUUUGAUGGUCAGAAGUUCCGUACCACUAUCAAGGAAAAGGAUCUCAACCCUGUUUGGAAUGAAAGCUUUAACUUCAACAUCUCUGAUCCUUCCAUCCUCCAUUAUCUAAAUCUUGAUGCCUAUGUCUACACUUAUAUCAGAGGUACUAACACCAGAUCGUUUCUCGGGAAGGUUUGUCUAACUGGGACUUCAUUUGUUCCCUACUCUGAUGCUGUUGUCUUGCAAUACCCUUUGGAAAAGCGUGCCAUAUUUUCACGUGUCAGAGGAGAGCUCGGCUUAAAAGUAUAUAUUACAGACGAUCCAUCCAUAAAGUCCUCAAUCCCAGCACCUGCUGUUGAUUCUUUGCCUGCUAACGAACCCCAUGUGACUCAUUUGCAUUCCCAUACAGUUCAAGGCCCGGUCAUGAAAGACAGAGUUGAAUCAAGACACACCUUUCGUCAUCUUCCCAACCCAAAUCUACACAAACAUGAUCACCAUCAUUUUUCUGAUCCAGCUGUUCAUCAUCAUCACAUACCAAAGUACAUUGCUGAUGAGAUGAAACCCGAACCACCUCCUCCAAAGCUAGUUCGCAUGUACUCUGCAGAAUCAGCACAAUCUGCAGAUUUUGCACUUAAAGAAACCAGUCCCUUUCUUGGUGGGGGAAGAGUUGUUGGGGGGCGUGUUAUCCAUGGAGACAAGACUGCGAGUACUUAUGAUCUUGUUGAGCGGAUGCAUUUUCUCUACGUAAGGGUUGUUAAAGCUCGUGAACUUCCUGCAAUGGAUGUUACAGGGAGUAUUGAUCCAUUUGUGGAGGUAAAGGUUGGAAACUACAAAGGAAUAACAAAGCACUUUGAGAAAAAGCAAAAUCCAGAGUGGAACCAGGUAUUCGCCUUUUCAAGGGAUCGAAUGCAAGCUUCUGUUCUAGAAGUUGUGAUUAAGGACAAGGAUCUGGUCAAAGAUGACUUUGUUGGAAUUAUAAGGUUUGAUAUCAGUGAGGUACCAUUACGUGUCCCACCGGAUAGUCCUCUGGCUCCAGAGUGGUACCGGCUUGAGGAUAAGAAAAGAGAGAAGAUAAAGGGUGAGCUGAUGCUUUCUGUCUGGAUUGGAACUCAAGCAGAUGAGGCUUUUUCUGAUGCAUGGCACUCUGAUGCAGCUACACCUGUUGAUAGCACACCGGCUACAUUCACAGUGCUACGUUCAAAGGUCUAUCAUUCACCUCGAUUGUGGUAUGUGCGAGUUAAUAUUGUCGAGGCGCAAGACCUGGUGCCAACAGAGAAGAACCGUUUCCCCGAUGUGUAUGUUAAGGCACAAAUAGGCCACCAGGCUCUGAAAACAAAGCCAUGUCAGGCUCGGACUCUGAAUGCCAUCUGGAAUGAGGAUCUUCUGUUUGUUGCUGCUGAACCCCUUGAAGAUCAUCUGGUUCUUUCAGUUGAGGAUCGUGUGGCUCCUGGCAAAGAUGAGAUCAUUGGGAGGGUCAUUAUACCAUUGAACACCAUAGAGAAGCGUGCUGAUGAUCGAAUGAUUCAUUCUCGUUGGUUCAACCUUGAAAAGCCAGUUGCUGUGGAUGUAGAUCAGUUGAAGAAAGAGAAGUUUUCUAGCCGUAUCAAUCUUCGUGUUUGUUUAGAUGGAGGAUAUCAUGUGCUUGAUGAGUCUACUCACUACAGCAGUGAUCUCCGCCCUACAGCGAAGCAACUCUGGAGGCCACCAAUUGGAGUCUUGGAACUUGGCAUCUUAAAUGCUGUAGGUCUCCAUCCUAUGGAAACACGAGAUGGAAGGGGAACAUCAGAUACCUACUGUGUAGCAAAGUAUGGUCAUAAAUGGGUCCGCACCCGCACCCUUGUAGACAGUCUGUCCCCAAAAUAUAAUGAACAGUACACUUGGGAAGUUUUUGAUCCUGCUACUGUUCUCACAGUUGGUGUAUUUGACAACAGCCAGCUUGGAGAGAAGGGUUCAAAUGGCAACAAGGACCUGAAGAUCGGGAAGGUUAGGAUUCGCAUUUCUACAUUGGAAGCAGGUCGCAUUUACACACAUUCUUAUCCCUUGUUGGUUCUUCAUCCUACUGGAGUUAAGAAGAUGGGGGAAUUGCAUUUGGCAAUACGAUUUACAUGUACAUCUUUCGUAAACAUGCUUUACCAAUAUUCACGACCACUACUACCCAAAAUGCACUAUGUUAGGCCCUUCAGUGUGAUGCAGCUUGACAUGCUACGCCACCAAGCUGUGAUUAUAGUGGCAGCUCGUUUAGGUCGAGCAGAGCCUCCACUUCGGAAGGAGGUAGUUGAGUAUAUGUCUGAUGUGGACUCACACCUUUGGAGCAUGCGUAAAAGUAAAGCAAAUUUCUUUCGACUAAUGACAGUUUUCUCAGGGUUGUUUGCUGUUGGGAAAUGGUUUGGUGAUAUCUGCAUGUGGAAGAAUCCUGUCACAACAGUUCUGGUCCAUGUGCUCUUUUUAAUGCUUGCUUGCCUCCCAGAAUUGAUCUUGCCCACAAUUUUCCUUUACAUGUGGAACUUCCGCUAUCGACCAAGGUAUCCUCCUCACAUGAACACAAAGAUUUCACAAGCUGAGGCAGUGCACCCCGAUGAGCUUGAUGAGGAAUUUGAUACGUUUCCAACAAGCAAGAGCUCAGAGCUGGUUAGAAUGAGGUAUGAUCGGUUGAGGAGUAUGGCUGGUAGAAUUCAGACUGUGAUUGGUGAUGUUGCAACACAGGGGGAGCGGUUUCAAGCACUCCUAAGCUGGCGAGACCCACGUGCUACUGCCAUCUUCAUUACAUUCUGCCUUAUAGAUGCCAUAGUUUUGUUUGUGACACCAUUUCAAGUGAUAGCAGCUUUGGCAGGGUUCUAUGUGAUGAGACACCCAAGAUUUCGCUACAGGUUGCCUCCAGCGCCGAUUAACUUCUUCCGUCGGCUGCCUGCCAGGACAGAUGGCAUGUUGUAG